CGUAUCGAUCGGCUUUGCCCUUUUAGCGGUAAUAUUGUUAAGACAUUUGAAGGGAAAAUCGUUUUGGACUUAUUGGCGUUUAAUCGCUGAAUGUGUCGGGUAAGUUAAACAGUACCAGAAGAAGAAGGAAGCGGUCAAGAGUAUUGUUCGAGAUCAAGAUCUUUAAACACAAAGACCUAAUGGAACUGGAAGAAACAACAGUAUCAGUAUGUCCUCAUUGUGGAAAGAGAUUGGGAAGUAAAGAGCAGCUUGUGAAGCACAUAAGAAUCCACACUGAAGAAAAGCCCUUCACCUGCCCUCAGUGUGGAAAGAGUUUCAUAAACAAAAGUCAUCUAGAGCACCACAUUAGAACUCACACUGGAGAAAAGCCAUUCACAUGUGUUCAUUGUGGAAACAGUUUCAGACAAAAAAGUCAUCUCAAGACCCACAUGGGAAUUCACACUAGAGAAAAGACAUUCACAUGUGUUCAGUGUGGAAAGAGUUUCAGACAAAAAAUAACACUUGAGUCUCACAUGAGAAUUCACACUGGAGAAAAGCUGUAUGCAUGUGUUCAGUGUGGAAAGAGUUUCACAAAAAAAAAUACUCUUACGAACCACAUGAUAAUUCACACUGGAGAAAAGCCAUUCACAUGUGUUCAGUGUGGAAAGAGUUUCACACAAAAAAGUUAUCUUAAGAUCCACAUGAGAAUUCACACUGGAGAAAAGCCAUUCACAUGUGUUCAGUGUGGAAAGAGUUUCAGACAAAAAAUAACUCUAGAGGAACACAUGAGAAUUCACACUGGGGAAAAGCUGUAUGCAUGUGUUCAGUGUGGAAAGAGUUUCACAAAAAAAAAUACUCUUACGAACCACAUGAUAAUUCACACAGGAGAAAAGCCAUUCACAUGUGUUCAGUGUGGAAAGAGUUUCACACAAAAAAGUUAUCUUAAGAUCCACAUUAGAACUCACACUGGAGAAAAGCCGUAUCCAUGUGUUCAGUGUGGAAGGAGUUUCAGUCAAAAAAUAACUCUAGGGAACCACAUGAGAAUUCACACUGGAGAAAAGCCGUAUGCAUGUUUUCAGUGUGGAAAGUGUUUCACAUACAAAAGUAUUCUAGAGCAACACAUGAGAACUCACACUGGGGAGCGUCCAUACACAUGUGUUCAGUGUGGAAAGAGUUUCACAAAAGAAAAAGUUCUUGAGAAACACAUGAGAGUUCACACUGUCUAGCUUUCCUGUAGCUCAGUGGUAAGAGCAUUGUGUUAACAGCGCAAGGUGCGGGUUUGAUCCCAGGGGAUUGCAAAUACCUAUGUAAAAUGUAUAGGAUAAAGCAAUGUAAGUCGCUUUGGAUAAAAGCAUAUGUCAAAUGCCUAAAUGUAAAUGUAAUGUUUGAGAUUGUCUUUACAGAUGUGAGUCUUUAAAUGUUCUUUUCACACAGAAGCUCACAGCUGAAAUACUGUCUGUGUUCUGUUCCUGUGUCACUUCUGAAAACCAU